GGAACAAAGCUUUUUGGAUUUCAGUGAACCGACUUAUCAAGGAUGAUAAGAAACCAAGUGGAAGACUUGCUCUCCACAGUGCAGGAUUGUCAAAAUGGAAUCUCUAUGGAGAUCUUCCUGCAUCUUUCACUCAUACCAGCAGUGUUGAUUGCAGGGGUGCUGUCAUUCCUCCAGAAGAGGGCCCACAGACUGGCCAUCGAUCACAGACUGCCCUUUCUGGGGGGACGUUUUGCUAUUGUGGUGCCUUUGGAUACUAUAGGAAGCCUGAGCAAUCGCUGGUCCUAUGGGUCUGCAUUUGGUGCCGUGUCCUCGAGCGUCAUGCUACUCUUCUCUGACAGUUACAUCCCCUUCAGUGUGCCUUCCUGGGCCCGAGCUAUAGUGUAUCUGGUUGGAGCUUUAGAGGUGGGCCUGGUCUAUUUUCCUUUCUUUGCCUGUCUAUCCACACCCUUCAGAACAACUGGUGCAGUGCUGGGAAUACUCUACUCUCUGUCCUGGAUAAUGGUCACACUCUGGGAUACAUUCACCUGUCCAGAUGGAAUGAUUUUGGGUAAAUACCAGAAGUUAAUUAUCCAGUUGCCCUGCAUCCUUUCCCUCAUCUUCCUCUUGGGACGAUUUGUCUACAUACUAGUAAAAGCAGUUCGUAUACACCUGCAAGUGGAACAGGACACUGAGGAGCUGACUGAGCAACACCAGGUGCAGCAUGUUAAAAGACUGCUGUGCAAAACACCUGUUCACAGUAAGCCUCUCAGCUGGUUCCAGAGAAGAGUGUAUGAGUGGGACCCUUACUUCAAGUUCCCAAACAGGAUCAUCGGCACCGUCAUUAUAUCUCUUAUAGGCCUAUACAUGAUGACCCUGGCAGACUACAGUGUCAGUGAGUUGGCUUUCGACCAAGUUGGCAGGUGGAAGGAUACACUUAAACACCUGGUUAUUUCUUGUAAUGACACCGAAGCUCUAGGAUUCAUGAUAACACAGCUGGAAGAGUUCAUUGACGUGUCUAGGAAGGCUUGGUUGGCCACCAACAUCUUUGCUAGUCUCAACUCUGUAGCCUACUGCCUCCAUGUCUUGGCAUGUUACAGGAAACACUUGAAGAGGCUGUGGAAAGGGCAGAAGGGUUUUCUUCCUGAAAAGUUUCACAACCCUAGCUCUGCUGUCAGCGUCGCUUCCAUUGCAAGAUACUCUGGUUGGCAAAUAGCAUUUACACUGUGGGGCUACGUGAUAGUCCAUUUUGUCCACUUCCUGUUUGCUCUGCUUUUGGUCUAUGGGCUGAUUCUUCCUGUAAUGCACGGAAGAGCACUGAGCAUGCUCCACAACCUGGGAAUUAUAGUUCUGACCAUGAGUCUGGUCAUCUCCCUGGUCAUUCUCCAGGUAGUUCUGGUUCAGAUCUUCUUCCUUCAGGACAAAAUGUCUCCAACUGAUAAACAAAAACCUCUAGCUAUCAAUAACAGAAAGGCGUUCCAUUGCUUCAACUACUUCUUCUUUUUCUACAACGUGGUGAUGGGGAUCGGUAACUGCAUUAUGAGGCUGCUGUGCAGCAUUGUGGUGGGAACAUGGCUGGUGUCCCGCAUAGACCGAACCAUUAUGCAGAGAGGAUAUGAAACCAUGGAUCCCGGCUAUGCUACUUGGAUUGGGAUGAUCUUUGCUGACCACUAUCAUAACAAUCCAGUCAUGGUGUGUUUCUGCCAGCUGCUGGUCUCCAACACAUGGGAGAGACACACUGCGUCUGCAUACUCCACAUUCAGCAACGUGCAAUCAGAAUCCCUUGUGAACAGCCGGGCCAGGAGGCGUUGGAUAGUGUUUUAUACAUUACUUAGGAACCCUCAUUUAAUUCUGCUAAGAAAACACCACCUCUGCUCAUCUUCAUCAGUACACACAUCAUCAUCUCCACACUCAGACAUGGUGCAGGCUUGCGUCAUGGCUUCUCAAUCAAAGAGCUGCCAAGCAGAGUCACAGUCACCACCAGUGGUCACACCAACAGAGGACUGAUGAAGGAACAAUUCUAUAGAUUAGUAUCGUAUUUAAAAAAUACACGUGUAUCAGUCAAGCAAUGUUGUUUAUAUCAUUUUAAAUUAAGAUUUUAAAGAAGGUUUAAUGGGUCCACAAGUUGUAGAAGUAAUUCUGUGGUGUUUUCAAAUGGUCAUUUUCAAAAGCUUCCGUUUAGAAAGCGUGUUCAUUUUGUUAAUAUUACUAAAUUAGAUGAGGUCUUCAUUCUUAAGGAUUUACUCAUGUUGGAUCUAUCAAAAACCUAUAGCAGAUUGAGUGUUUUUAAGUGAAGCUCAGCUUUGAACUGCUGUACAGUAUUUCUGUCUAAUAUUUGUGUUAAUAUCCUAAUAACGUACACUAUAUUUAUAUUAUAAUAUAAUAUUACCAAGUGUCAUUUAAUUAAAUGGUUUAAAAUGUUUUUGCAUAGCCUCUGUAGGCUAUUGUAUACUGAUUCUGU